GUGAAAUUGAAUGAAUAUCUGAUACUUUCCAAGCUCACAGUUGUAGCAUAAUACUAUUAUUUGAAUAUUAUAUUAUAAUUCAUUAAAAUGAUACUCUCAAGAGCAAAGCCCGCAAGUGACAGCAGAUCAAGUGGUGGCAGUGCAGUUAAGAAGCAGUUUCCUGAACUCGAAGAUUUCCUCCUCAAGAGGGAUUACAAUGGGGCUAUAACUAUGCUCGAGUUUCUAAAGCACGAGGGAAACACUGACGUGUGGGUGACGGUGUGGACAGCUUGGUGCUGGUUCCACCUGGCUGAGCAUCGCCGUGCCCUGGACACAUACCUCCAGAUCCAGGCCACGGAAGGACUGGACGCUCGUGUGGCUGAUAACGUCACACUCGAUAUAGCUGUCUGCUACUUCUACUUGGGAAUGUACAAGGAGUCGCAAGAUGUAGUUGACAGAGCUCCAAAAUGUGAUCUAAAGAACCGCCUUCAGUUCCACCUGGCGCACAAACUUGGCGACGAGGACGCCCUCAUGCGGGCCCACGCUACCCUCCGCGACGUGCCGGAAGACCAGCUCAGCCUGGCGUCUGUCCACUACCUGCGCGCGCACUAUCAAGAGGCAAUCGAUGUGUACAAGAAGCUGCUUUUGGAUAGACGUUACAAAAGAUACGAGAAAGACCAUGGUAUGGAAUGGGUCAAAGCACUAGCCAAUAUUCACUGUACAUACAUGGCGCUGAACGUGUACGUGGCCCUGUGCUAUUACAAGUUGGACUACUACGACGUCUCGCAGGAAGUCCUGGGUGUCUACCUCGCGCAGCACCCCACCUCCACCGUCGCUGGUAACUUGAAGGCCUGUAACCUGUUCAGAUUGUACAACGGAAAGUCUGCUGAGGCAGAACUGAAGCAAAUAUCGUCCGAUCAACACACGUUCGCUCAAGACCUGGUCAAGCAUAACCUAGUCGUGUUUAGGAACGGAGAAGGUGCUUUGAAGGUACUUCCAGAGCUCGUGGACGUGGUUCCUGAAGCCAGACUCAACCUUGCGGGAUACAAACUGCGUCACAGGGAGCCGCUGGAAGCUAGGAAGCUGCUGGAACCCUUGCAGCCCAGCUCACCUCUGCACUACAUAUUAAGAGGGGUGGUGGCUGUGAGACUCUUUAAUGAAACUGCCGAUGAGGAGCAGAUGAAAUUAGCCCAACAAAGCUUCCACAUCGUGGGAAGCUCGGCAUCAGAAUGUGACACGAUCCCCGGCAGACAGUGCAUGGCCUCGUCCUACUUCUUGGCAGGGCAGUUCGAGGAGGUUCUCGUCUAUCUCAACUCCAUCAAGAGCUUCUUCGUGAAUGACGAUACGUUUAACUUCAACUAUGCUCAGGCGAAGGUAGCGACGGGUUUCUACCGUGAGGCCGAGGAGAGUCUCCACCUGAUCCAGGAUGAUGAGAUACGAUCCUCAUUCACGUUCCUGUCAUGUCUGUGUCGGUGCCAUGUGAUGAAUAAGGAAGCACACCUGGCCUGGGAGAUUUGUAUCAAGUCUGCGGGCACUCCAGACAGCUUUGCCCUUCUGCAGCUCGUAGCCAAUGACAGCUACCGGAUGGGACAGUUCCUCAUCGCCGCUAAAGCAUUCCAUAUGCUGGACAGGUUGGACGGAGGCCCUGAAAUGUGGGAAGGUCUCCGGGGUGCGGUAUGCGGGUGCGCCCAGGCUGCUGCAGCCGACAAACCCAACGCUGCUGCAGACCUCAGGGAUGCACUGGCGCUUGUGAAAGGCUCGAGGGCUCACCCUCGCGCCGACAGCAUUGUGAGGCCCAUCAUGAAGUGGGCUCAUCAGAACAGAAUCCCUGUCUGAAAUGGGACUCAUGCAACUGAUUGAUAAGCUCUGAAGCGAAGAACUGUUAAUCUUAAAAAUAUAAGGCAUCACUCAAGAUACUGGUAUUAAGGAUAAUUCCAAACUUGUCAUGAGGUUUUGGAGUUGCCAGUAAAAUAUAAUGUAAUUUCACUCUGACAGUACUUAUCAUAUUACAUUCAUUGAUUUUUAAAGUUA